AUGUCUUUCAAUAAUAAACAUUCCUUUCGACGUAAAGCACUUUCAACACUUCCGGUAGAAUUACUGCAGGAAAUUUGUUCAUAUCUUGGUUGGCGCGAUUUACGUAAUUGUUUAUACCAAAAUUCAAUAUUAUUGCACAUUACAAUCCCUUUGAUUUGGAGAAAUUUAGGCGAUAAAUAUUGGAAAAAUUAUGAAAAAACACCUUUACGCUGGAACCUUAUUAAAAGGACGUUAUUUUCAUCAGCACAAAAAACAAACACAUUUGACUUAACAUAUCACAAAUAUAUUCAAAGGAUAGAUAUAUCGUCAUCACAUGAUGCUACAUUUAGAAUUGAUAAACUCACAUUAGGAUAUCUUCUUACUCAUUGUCCUAACUUGACAGAAAUAUCUUUAGAAUAUUAUAAAGAAUCAUCGUUUGAUGAACCAUUCCAAAUUUUACAAGAUUUGCACAAUUCUAAUAUUUCCACUUGCGGCAUAAACUCUCACCAAAUCAUUUCACCAAUUCGUAAACUAACAAUACAACUAUGCGAUUUAUCACCCGUACAUUUAAUUCACUUAUUAUCAUUAUACAUCACUACAUUAGAAGAAAUGUUUUUGGAAAUAAUUUUGGAAAGAGCACCUUUGCAAUUAGAAGAUUUGAGAAGGUUGGUAAAGAAUAACAAGAAACUUAAAAAAUUAAAGUUUUAUACUACCCAAAGUGAAAGAUGUUUCGAAGGUAAAACUUUAAGUGAUUUUGCUAAUGGUGCCGAACUACCUGUUGCUCAAGAUCGGUGGAAUCCCAAUAUUGUAUAA